AUGCUGAAUAUUUUCCGAAUUGCCGGAGAUCUGAGCCAUUUGGCCUCUAUCUUCAUUCUCUUGCACACAAUUUGGACAAGAAAGUCAGCUAAAGGCAUUUCCUUGAAGACAAACAUCCUGUAUGCUUUGGUAUUCGUGACUAGAUACCUGGAUCUAUUUUACAGUUACGUGUCGCUGUACAAUACUCUUAUGAAGAUUUUCUUCAUUUCAUCUUCUAUAUACACUAUCUUUUUGCUCAAGAAGUAUACCAAAAACAUCGGAGAAUACAGUGAUGACUUCAAGAUUCAAUACUUGAUUGCGCCAUCCUUUGUCCUUGGUUUGAUUUUCAACCACAAGAUGACCAUUACCGAGGUUUUGUGGAGUUUCAGUCUAUGGCUUGAAUCCAUUUGCAUUCUACCACAGUUAUUCAUGCUACAAAAGAGCGGAGAGGCAGAAUUGCUUACUAUCCAUUAUAUUUUCGCAUUGGGUCUUUACAGAGCAUUGUAUAUCCCAAACUGGUUCUACAGAUACUUUGCCGAAGGACACUUGGAUAAGCUGGCACUGACAACGGGUAUCAUUCAGACAUUGGUGUAUUCAGACUUCUUCUACGUCUACUACCAAAAGGUUAUCAAGAACAUCGGUUUCAAUUUACCUCAAUAA